CCAGCCGUCAUUCUAAGCGCGCGAAACAAAAAACAACACACCACGGAAACACUAGUCACAUCACGGUUGUAUUUACAUACUAACAUAGUUAGAAAUAUAUGUUGUAUUUAGUGAAGCCCUUUGCGUUUGUAUAUGUAAACGGUAACGAUUUGCUGAAAGCUAUCCACGAUACUUGAUAAGAACAAACUUCGGCUAGUGUUGUGCAAAUGAAUGACUCCGGUGCUGCUAGGGAUGAAUAGUUAGCUCAGUGAUAGGAAUUGCUACAGCCAAUGUGAGAGUUAAGUAUAUAACAGGAUUCCGCAGGCAUGGAUCGGUAUAAUGAUGUGAAGGUGCUUCUUAAGAAAUGGGAGCAGUCGUUUGUCCAACAACAACAAAGGAAACCCAAUAAGGAGGACAUUGACAAUGCCCCUGAAGAUACAAAAAACCUCUAUAAGGAGUACCGCAGUUUAAAGCAAGCCAAGGAAAACAGCGACUGUCAAAGUGACCCCAGUGGACAACACCGCGCUACAGUGGUGGUCAAUGUAAAUCCAAAGGACUCAGACUGCUGGGGCACCCAUCUGAACCGCAGCCAGAUGCCGGUCCCCUCCCCUUGCCUGACGCCCCAGGACCGGGACAACCUCCAGGCCUCCGCCCAGUACUAUGGCGCCAAGCUGAAAAGCAACCUGGGCACCCUCGGCAAGGAGAGACCUGUCUCAAUGAGGAAGUCUUUGACUCCUGGACGCACGCCCCUCAAAUCCUGGAAAGACAGGCUGACUGAGCAGACCAGCAGCCCUGCAGCGAGUGCUGCUGCUGCUGCUGCUGCUGCUGCUGCUUCCCCCCUCAGACGCAUCGGCAACCCCUUUCUAGGGUCGCCGGCUACAAAGGAGCCCGUAGAACAGUUUGAGGCCCUCAAUCCAUCAUCCAUCACACCACACGUUGAGUCCAGCGGCGCUGGCAUUGCUAGCACCGUCAGUGUUCAAGGUAGCAGUACUGCAAACGGUAUCAGCGGCGGGAAAAGCCACUCCUCCGGUUCCGAGUUCCAAUCCCCCCGGCUGCCCCAUACGCCUCCUCCCAACAGGACUAUGGGAACGCCGGGAAAGACUGCAGGAUUCUUAGGGAGAUUAAGCGGGAGUGUGGAAUCCGCAGGAGGUGUGAAAAGUACAGUUGAUGCUGCUGAAAGUAUGGCGGACCGUUUGGCAGUUUGGGAUGAAGACGCCGGAUCGCCGAUGGCCUUCGGGGGGGAUCAGCGGGGGGGGUUUCGCGGAGGGGCGGUGGGGGUGACAGGUCGAGGUAGACCCUCGCUCCUGAGCAGGCUGGGCUCUGUGGACCGCGGCUGGCUGGAGAGGUGCCAGGUGUUUGGGGAGGUGGAGGGAGGAGACAAGCCCGUGGCCGGCAAUACGGAGAUCCCAGAGCCCCAGAGGAAACCUGCGGCCGCGGAGAGUGUCGGGAAAGGAGAGACGAGGGAGAGGCCGGGGAGAACGGGAGCAGGAGCAGGAGAGGAUGGAAAAGAUGGAGAUGGAAUAGAAAACAAGAAAAACUAUGAAAAGUCUGAGAUAGGAGAUGUGGGGGCGGGAAAGAGAGCGACCGAGGAAACGGUUGAGGCGUCGGAGUGUGCUUCUCGCAACGUUGCGGAGGCUACCGCCACAGCUAAAUCCACCGGGCGCCGCAGUAAUAAAGUCAAAGGGGGGAGGGGCAAGAGGAAGGAGCCGGAGGGAGAAACGGACCAAUCGACGGAGGCUGAGUCGACCACAGACCAGGUGGGCGAGGAGGUCGCGGCUCGAGAGAAGAAGGUGAAAAAGGAUGAGGAAGAGGGGGAGGAGGAGGAGGAGGCAGAGAAAAGUGAAAAAACAAAAGAACCAGAAAAGGAUCCCCAGGAGAACCUGAUGGGGGAGGUGGACGAGGGGGUCAGAGCCUACAGGGCCUACAAGACCCAGCCGGCCACCAGCAGAGUGAGUAAAGUCACAGAAGGGAACUUCAUCAAGAUCAACCUGAAGAAGAAAUCUCACGUCAAAGGCUAUGCCCUGAGAGGAGCAGGUCUCCGCAAGCAGAUGUACAUGGAGAAGUUCGCGAAGAAGGGGGAGCGUUUCGGGGGUGGUUCCGGAAGGGGGUCCUUCCGGGGAGGGGGGAGGGGCGGCUUCAGAGGGGGCUUCAAUCGCCAAGGAGACACCUGCUACAAGUGUGGGGGGACGGGACACUGGGCCAUGAACUGCAAGGGACCAGCUCCAACCACAGCCUCCAAGGUGUCUGACGACCAACCAGCUGUCGAGGAACCGUUUGAACUGCCCACCCUGGAGGAGGUUGCCAGGGCAACGGGGACUUUGAAAUGCCAAUCACUGGACACUCCGUCCGCCACAGAGGACGAGGAGCUCUCCAAGCCAGGCGAACCGGACGGCAAACAGAGCGACGAGGUGCUCUUGAACGUGAUCCGUCCGGACUACGAGCGGCCCGUCGCCCCUCCACCCAUGGAGCCGUUGUACAGCCCGGGAGCGGACGGGAAAGUCCAGGCGACACCCGAUGCUGUUUAUGAAGCGCUCCGAGAGCUGGGGUAUCAGUCCUUCAGACCCGGCCAAGAGGACGCCAUCAUGAGGAUACUCUCAGGUCUCUCCACCCUGGUGGUGUUGUCUACAGGCAUGGGGAAAUCAUUGUGCUAUCAGCUCCCAGCUUAUCUGUACUCCCAGAGGUCAAAGUGCCUCACCUUGGUCAUCUCACCGCUUGUGUCACUGAUGGACGACCAGCUGUCGGGCAUCCCAGCUAAUUUGAAGGCAGCUUGUAUCCACUCCAACAUGUCCAUGAAACAGAGGGAGGCGGCCAUUGAAAAGGUGAAGUCAGGCGAGGUGUGUGUGUUGCUCCUCUCUCCGGAGGCGCUGGUGGGUGGCGGUGGGUCCAGCAGCGGCUGCCUGCCCCCCGCGGACCAGCUCCCCCCGGUGGCCUUCGCCUGCAUUGACGAGGCCCACUGCGUCUCCGAGUGGUCCCACAACUUCAGGCCCUGCUACCUCCGGCUCUGCAAGGUGCUGCGGGAGCGCCUGGGCGUGCGCUGUCUGCUGGGGCUCACGGCCACGGCCACGCUGUCCACCGCCGUGGACAUCGCCCACCACCUCGACAUCAACGACAAGGACGGCAUCGCCGUGCGCUCUGCCGCCGUGCCUGAAAACCUGCAGCUCUCUGUCUCCAUGGACCGGGACAAGGACAGGGCGUUGGUCUCCCUGCUGAAAGGAGAGCGUUUUGGUUGUCUGGACUCCAUCAUCGUGUACUGCACCAGGAGGGAGGAGACCACGCGUGUAUCCGCACUGCUGCGGACUGCCCUGCAGGGGGUGGUGGUGAAGGACAACCCGUGCUACAGCAGCAGCAGCGCUCAGGCCCAGAGCAACCCUAAUGCCCAGAAGAAGAAAGACCUGGCGAGGAAGAAGAUCCGGAAGCCCCUGAAGUGGCAGGCUGAGUCCUACCAUGCCGGGCUCUCCGCCUCCGAGCGCCGGCGUGUGCAGAACAACUUCAUGUGCGGCGAGCUGCGUCUGACGGUGGCCACGGUGGCCUUCGGCAUGGGGCUGGACAAGGCCGACGUGCGCGGCAUCGUCCACUACAACAUGCCCAAGAGCUUUGAGAGCUACGUUCAGGAGAUCGGGAGAGCCGGGAGAGACGGCUUACCUGCUCACUGUCAUCUCUUCUUAGACCCCGAGGGGGGCGACCUGCAUGAGCUGCGGCGCCACAUCUACUCAGACACGGUGGACUACUACACGGUGAAGAAGCUGGUGCAGAAGGUGUUCCCGCCCUGCAAGUGCAGACAGAUCCACCAGAAACAGCUGGCCCUCGUGGAGCGUAAGGAGGCAAUGGAGGACAAUGAGUUGCUAGAGAUGAUGGAUGUCUGUGAGCCGGAGAGCGACUUAAACACCCCCACACAGCCUGACUUGGCGCAGCCCGUGGACCCUGUUCCACAUGGAGAAGUACCAUCGCCAUCUUCUGCAGAGAUGGAACCCACUCCACAUGAUGAACAGGCCAAGACAGAAGAGCAGCAGGAGGAGGUAGAGGAGGUAAACAAACCAUCAGGGGGUGACGGUCCCAUCACGGACUCGGACCCCACCGUGCCUGAGUCGACGGAGGAGCCGGAAGAGAAGUUAAACGAGGGCGGCGACUGGCCCGUGGAAAGGUUGUGUCACAGCCAUGAGAGAGCCAUCCCCAUCCAACAGACGGUGGAGUCCCUGGACAUCACGGAGGAGGGCGUGGAGACCCUGCUGUGUUACCUGGAGCUCCACCCCCACCGCUUCGUGGAGCUGCUCCACCCCACCCUCUCCGGCUGCAAGAUCAGCUGCUACGACGGACCCCGCCAGCUGCAGAGGAUCACCAAGUUCUGCCCCCCGGUUGCGGUGGUGCUGGCCAGGAAGCGCAUGGCGGGCGAGCGCGUGGAGUGCUGCGACGGGCUGGAGUUUGACGUGGUGGAGGUGGCCGACACCAUGGGCUGGCAGCUCUCCCUGGUGAAGCGCGGCCUCAGGCAGCUACAGUGGAGCACGGAGAAGAGUGGCGGCCGCAGUGGCAUCGUCGUGGAGUUCUCCAGCAUCUCCUUCUACUUCCGUUCCUAUGGCGACCUGGACGAUGAGGAGAUGGACCGCGUGUGUGAGUUCCUCCACCGCAGAGUCCUGUCCCAGGAGAAGACCAAGCUCUACCAGCUGUCAGCCUGCUUCAAGGCCUUCCAGAGCGUGGGCUACUGCAAUGUGUCGGCCUGUGUGGAUGCUCUGGAGGCCGGCCGCAGCCUGCGUCUGAAGGCGCUGCUGUCAGAGUACUUUGAUAAGAAGCUGGACCGGGCCCGGCUACAGGAGCUCCAGGACGACGAGGAGCUCCACCCACUGAAGCUGUGCGACUGGGAGGAUCAGAUCAGAGCAGACAUCAGGAGUUUUCUGUCCCACCGAAGUGACGAGAAGUUCUCUGGCAGAGCGGUUGCCAGAAUCCUCCACGGUAUAGCCAGCCCCUGUUACCCCGCCCAGGACUAUGGCAGGGACCGGCGCUAUUGGAGGAAAUAUCUCAAGUUUGACUUCAACCAGCUAAUCCGAUUGGCCACACAGGAGAUCAUUCGCUUCAAGUAACAGGCAAGGGUACAAACCUCUUUUGCAUCAAAAAUAGAUGUUCUUUUUAAGUACAUGUACACUUGCACAUGUAUAAGAGGGUGAACAUCAACAUGAUUUGUCUUAUUACUUUGAAAUCAUGAAUAAAAGAUGAAUGUAUUUCAACAUGUAAGAAAAAAUGAGUUGCUUUGUGCAUGUGCAUAUGUAAAAAAAAAAAAAAGCAUGUUCUCUGUGUAUAAAUGUGUAAACUGUCGAAUUAAAGUUCUAUUUUUAUAUUUACUGCUUGUUCUCCAUUCUAGUAUUUCACUAUAGUGACUUGAAGUGGUUUGUUUGUUCUCAAUCCAA